GCGUGUUCUGUACGAUCCGUAUUCUCCAUCUUCUAUUCUUCUUCCUCAAGCUGCAACGAGUCUAAUGGUCUGUUCGAUUCCGAUGCCGAUCGUGCCGUGAUCGUCUGGUUCAGUUUGUGUCAUGGUUAAUCGGUUCGUCUGAGCUUUGAACUAUCGGUUGAUUUUCAUAUUUAUCUGAAUCGAUUUCGAUCGUUUUGAGAGCUGAAAGGGGGUUUAAAUCGUAGGGUUUUCUUUUAGGGCUGAAAUAUAGUAGGCAUCGAACCGAAAAAUGCAUUCGGUGCCUUCUACAAUAAUCGAUCUGUUCAUAAUCAGUCCGUACGCUAACUGCUUCUAUGGUGUUUUGUGUUCUCAUCGUCUGAAGCCUCUCGAGAAGAAUCGUCGGAAUAGUUGUCUUAGUUAACGUUUGCUUGCCUUUUUGUCGUUUCCGAUUUUGUUAGAAGUUACGGUGUGACGGUUCUUUCCUUUCAAGGUUUUGAUUGUUUUUUUAUCUUUUGCUCUUUGACGGCUGGGAGUUGUAGCUGAAUCUGUCUAAAAAUUCAGUGAUCUGCGGUUUUGGUCUAGUUUAUGCUUAUAGUUGAAUUGGUUCUGGAAUUUCUUCACGCGUUUAAGGAGGACUUUGACUAGGUUUACACGUCGUCAAAAGAUCUUCUCAGCACUCUUUCUGAUUGAUGGACGUUUGUGCUUAUCCUAACAAGUCAGUUUCUGAAAAUGUAAUCCACUUUGGUCUGUUGCCUGGGAAGCUUCCUGAUUUUGCAGACAACAUUGCAGCAGAUUUUGAUGUGAAUGAUCUUGGGAACCAUUUGAGUAAGUUUGUGAUUAUUCAGGAGGAUCAAGAGUUAAGCGAUACGACAGCACACAAUUUGUCAAAAGAUGAUGGAUAUGAAAAUACUUCCGACAGUCACUCGAGCAGUUUGGCUUCAAAACAAUGCCUUGUCAAGUUUGCAACAUUUCCUUACUCGAGUAAGAUUGUAUCUCCCAAUGACGUAAUUCAAAGAGAAAAUGAGCAAAUGAAUGAUGCAACAUCUGCUCAGCCACCUUCACGCACAAAAUCUUUGCCAAGUGCCAGAAAGGUUGUAUCUGCCAUGAAGGGUAGCCGUGAGAAGCAGGGGAUACCUCCUAAGAAACUUGGAGUGAAAUGGGCGCCUGAUGUGUACGAUCCAGUUCCAACAUCAGUGUCACAUGCGCCAGUUAACAAACCUCAGCAGCGUCACAGGAGUGAUGGCAAGAAGAACGGGAAGUAUAAGCAGAAAAACAGUGGCAAAUCUUCACGAGCCAACAAGGGGAAAGACAAGAAACAAGGUCGAAAGUAUGGAGGGAGUUCUAAGAGGGGUUUCUAUCCGUUGGAUGACAACAGCAACAGCAUAGUGGUUUCUUCCUGCGAGCUUCCAACUGGCAUCGUGGAUAUGGAUAUCAACAACCCAGAUCCAUUCUGUGGAAGUAGUUUUCUGAAGAAUUCCGUAACAAAGUUGCACUUCCCGGUUGCAGAGGCUACAUGAGAGAGGCCUUGCCAGUGAGUAGUUUGUUCCUACUGAUGUGAAUAAAUAAAGGAUGGGUUCGGUUAUCAGUUGUGGACAAAUUAAAGUUUGUUUUGUGAUUGGGUGUGACUUGAAUUGUAUUCCCCCCACGAUGGCACUAUUAAACUGGACUAUGUGGACUAUGUCCAUAUUCCUGGUUUCUUUAUUUUGUAUCCUUUUCGAUGUUGCCUUUCAAUCUUCAACACAUAUUGAGCCUGAGUUCAACAA